CUUUUUUUUUCUCUCUCAGUUUUCCUAUUAUCCAAACAAAACCUUUUCUUACUCUUUUCCAACUUUUCCCUGGUAAUGAAUGCAUCAUGAGUAUGCAAUCUAUACUUGUUGUGUAAUUGCAGCCCUUUUCCCUCUUUAAAAAAAAAAAAUUUUUUCCGGAGGCAAAAUAGAGGAGGAAGGAAGAGAACAGAGACAAAGUUUCACACUUUAGUUAGAGCUCCAUGAACAUGGCGACCAUGAUGAUGAGCAGAAUGAUGAGCAUGUCCCCAUCAUCACCGUCGUCGUCAUCUUCUUCUUCUUAUUCACCAUUGGCAACUCAAUCACUGUCAGCACCAUCAUCAAAGCCACCAACCAACCUCCCAUUCCGUACAAUCCCAGGAUCCCACGGCUGGCCUUUGGUAGGACCAAUAUCCGACCGUCUAGACUACUUCUGGUUCCAAGGACCGGACACAUUCUUCAGGUCAAGAAUGGAGAAGCACAAGAGCACCGUUUUCCGUACUAAUGUUCCCCCAAGUUUCCCUUUCUUUCGGCAGGUGAACCCCAACGUCGUAGCUAUUGUUGACUGCAAGUCUUUUAGUCAUCUUUUCGACAUGGAAAUUGUGGAGAAAAAAGAUGUUUUGAUUGGGGACUUCAUGCCCAGCGUCAAGUUCACUGGAGAUACCAGGGUUUGUGCUUAUCUUGAUACCUCUGAGCCUAAACAUGCCCAGCUCAAGAACUUUGCCAUAGACAUCCUCAAGCGGAGCUCCAAGGUGUGGGUGACAGAACUGCUAGGCAACCUCGACAAAUUCUGGGAUACCAUUGAAUCCGAAAUCUCCAAAGACGGCAGCUCAUCCUACAUCUCCCACCUCCAAAACUUCAUCUUCAACUUCCUCACCAAGUCCCUCGUUGGCGCCGACCCUGCCUUUGACCCUGACGUUGCCAAUUCCGGUCCCUUCACCCUCAACGUAUGGCUCGGCCUCCAACUCCUCCCCACCAUCCCCCUCCGAGUCAUUCAGCCACUGGAAGAGAUAUUUCUUCACUCUUACACUUACCCUUUUGCCCUCGUCAGUGGAGGCUACCGAAAAUUCUAUAAAUUCGUUGAACAGCACGGUAAAGAAGUUGUACAGCGUGGUGAAGAAGAGUUCGGCCUUUCCACAUCCGAUGCCAUCCAUAACAUGAUCUUUGUUCUUGGGUUCAAUGCCUUUGGUGGUUUCUCCAUUUUUUUACCGACAUUACUCGCCACUAUAGCCAGUGAUAAAAGUGGGUUACAAGCCAGGUUAAGAGAAGAAGUGAGAAAAACAUCUCAGUCAUCAUCAACGAGGUUGAGUUUUGACUCGGUGAAAGACAUGGAGCUGGUAAACUCAGUUGUUUAUGAAACAUUGCGUUUGAACCCGCCUGUUACGCUUCAAUAUGCACGAGCGAGGAAGGAUUUUCAGCUCACUUCCCAUGACUCGAUUUUUAACAUAAAAAAAGGUGAGUUAUUGUGUGGGUAUCAGCCUUUGGCUAUGAGGGAUGGUAAUGUUUUUGAUGAACCGGAGAGUUUCAAACCAGAUCGGUUCGUGGGAAAUGGGAAAGAAUUGCUGAGUUACUUGUUCUGGUCGAAUGGGCCACAGACCGGGUCGCCCAGCGAGUCGAAUAAGCAAUGUGCAGCUAAGGAUUAUGUGACUCAGUCAGCUUCAUUAAUUGUAGCUCACAUUUUUCAAAGGUAUGAUUCGAUUAGUGGGAAUUCUGGUAAAAUCACAGCCGUUGAAAAGGCAUAGUGAUGAU